AUCCCCGCAAACCACUGCUCUUGGAUUGGGAAGGGUACGCGAAAAAGAAGGCUAACACUCAGGACGGCAUGUUUCAGAUACUCGUGUGUGAUCGAGAGGGCAAUGUAGUGAAGGAGUGGCAGUUAAAGAACGUCACAGACGAGGAAUCGAAGGAAAAACUAGCGGAAAUCCACGAUUUGGGACAGGCCAGGGCACAUACUGUGAGAGAACAGGAGGUGGCUUGA